GUUCAUAGCGUUAAUGCUGUUAAUUUAUUUUUAGUGUAGUUUUUGAUGUAUAAUUGUAAAUACAAGAAGUAGUAAUUAAGUUAUUGUACAAAAAGACACUAAAAUCAUCAAGAGAAUAAAACCUUAAACUUAAAUCAAAAUGCACAAGAUUUUUAUUAUGGAGCAAUAUUAAAAUAAAUCAGUGAAAACAAUCAAAUAUUCAAGUAAAAUUUUACAAACUAUGACGAUUGAAUGAUCUAAACCAAUCAUCUGAAGAUGUCUUACUCAAUUAAAACUUGUUUGUCAUAUUUGACUAUCAUACUUCUUCUACUGGCAACAGAUAAAGUUGCAAGUUCUGAAGACGAAUGCAUUGAUUACCAAGGUCAUACGGUUGUUCACGGACUGUUAUACAUUCCUGGACCAUCGCCAUGCUCCCUUUGCACUUGUUGGAACAGUGAGCCAAUGUGGUGCAAAGCAAUAUACUGUGAUCCUCCAUUCUUCUGCAAAGAUUUUCGACUUGGCGAUAAAUGUUGUGAAUGGACGUGCCUAGAUAAACCUGGCGAGAAUCCAUUGUAUGAACUGCGAAUAAAAAAACGAGCUGAAAUACUUGCCGGUAUCUCAAAAGGAACAGCUUUUCGAAUUCCAAAUAUUAUGUUAGUUAGUUUAGUAGUGUUGGUUUUAAAAAUUGAAUGCUAGCGUAAAAGCGUGUCUUUCAUAUUUUUAAUCAGAGGAUACUUACACAACAAUGUUUAUUAUAUAAUAAUAAAUUACCAGUUUUAGUGCCAUUUCUUGGAUACAAUUUUAAAAAUUUAAAUAAAGAGACCUUUUAUGAAA